AUGGGCAUUCCCGCAGCGUUUCGAUGGCUCUCGAGCAAGUAUCCGAAAAUCAUCUCGCCUGUGAUAGAGGAGCGGCCCGAAUUUGAUAACCUCUACCUUGACAUGAACGGCAUCGUCCACCCAUGCUCGCACCCAGAGGACAGACCUGCGCCCAAGGACGAGGAGGAAAUGAUGUUGGAGGUGUUCAAGUACACAGAUCGUGUCGUGAACAUGGUUCGCCCACGCAAGAUCCUCAUGAUCGCUGUCGACGGCGUUGCGCCACGAGCCAAAAUGAACCAGCAAAGAUCACGACGGUUCCGGUCGGCCCAGGAGGCCAAGGAGAAGGAGGCAGAGAAGCAAGAGCUCCUGAAGCUUUUGAAGCAGCAGAACAAUGGUGUUUUGCCCCCCGAUCACGAAGAAAAUGUCGCCAAGAAGGCAUUUGACUCUAACUCAAUCACCCCUGGUACACCAUUCAUGGACAUACUCGCCACGAGUCUUCGCUACUGGUGCCAGUACAAACUCAACACCGACCCUGCCUGGGCAAAGCUCAAGGUCAUCAUCUCCGAUGCCACUGUCCCUGGAGAAGGCGAACACAAAAUCAUGUCUUUUAUUCGAUCGCAGCGGGCCUCCUCCGAUCAUGACCCAAACACGCGGCACGUCAUUUACGGCCUCGACGCUGACCUGAUCAUGCUCGGCCUCGCAACGCAUGAGCCCCAUUUCAGGGUACUGCGAGAAGACGUCUUUUUCCAAGAGAGCAAGGCAAGGACGUGCAAGCUGUGCGGACAACGGGGACACGAGGCGCGCGACUGCCGUGGCGAGCAAAAGGACAAGCAGGGCGAGUUUGAUGAGAAGACGCACGGUCUCAGCCUCAAGCCUUUCAUCUGGCUUCAUGUGUCAGUUCUGCGGGAGUAUCUGGCCGCCGAGUUGGCAGUCCCUGGCUUGCCGUAUCGCUUUGAUCUGGAACGCGCCAUUGACGACUGGGUAUUCAUGUGCUGUUUCGUGGGAAACGACUUCUUGCCUCACCUUCCGGCCCUGGAAAUCCGCGAACACGGCAUCGAUACUUUGACAGCGAUAUGGCGGGAUAACCUUCCGACAAUGGGUGGAUUCGUCACAAAGGACGGCUACAUCAAUUGGGAACGAGCACAGCGCAUCUUGGACGGGCUUGCCAAGCAGGAGGAUGCGAUUUUCAAGCGCCGGAAAGAGCAGGAAGACCGCCGGGAGGCGAGUUUCAAGCGGAGAAAGCUACAGGCUGACGGCCAUGCCAUGUCGGGGCGUCAAGGACACGCGGCAAAGUCUAUGAGAAGCGGCCACUCAGACCCCGCUCGCGGCCUGCAACUUCAUCCAAUUGCCUCAUACCCGAGGGAGCUUCCGCGAGCUAUCACUCAUGACAUGGUGGUCAAUCGCGGUGCGCUUCCAGACGCGAACGUCGCGAAUAAGAGUGCAGCGAGCGUUCUCAAGUCGCAGUUGCGUGGCGAGAAGCAGACGCCGAACUCUGACGAUACGACCAAUGGAGCAUCACAGUCCGUCCUUGGGAAACGCAAAGCAUCCCACCCUGAAGAGGCAGUCGGCACUACCGGACAACAGGCAGCGAAAACCGCUACGCCCCCGAUUCCCGUCGAGGGCCCCGUUGAUGCGGUUCGGCUGUGGGAGGACGGGUACGCUGAUCGUUACUAUCAGCAAAAGUUUCACAAAGAAGCCACCGACUUGAAAUUCCGCCAUGAGGUCGCCCGCGCCUACGCAGAAGGACUGGCGUGGGUGUUGCUGUACUACUUCCAGGGAUGCCCCUCGUGGGAUUGGUAUUACCCAUACCACUACGCACCCUUCGCGGCGGACUUCAAGGACAUGGCCGAGAUGGAUAUUACUUUCGACAAGGGGUACACAUCCAGGCCGUUUGAACAGUUAAUGAGUGUUUUGCCAGCUGCUUCUCGUCACGCCCUGCCGGAAGUCUUCCACGAUCUUAUGACGAAUAAGGACAGCGAAAUUAUCGACUUUUAUCCCGAAGACUUCGAGAUAGACCUCAACGGGAAGAAGAUGGCUUGGCAAGGCGUGGCACUGUUGCCAUUCAUCGACAUGCCUCGACUGCUCGCCGCCGUCCAACAAAAGUACCCUUUGCUGAGUCCCGGAGACAUCAUCCGCAACAGCGUUGGAAGGGACGUUCUCCUCUUCGCUGACAGCCAUGAGAGCUUGUACGACGAAGUCUUGACCAGAUUCUACUCGAAGCGCCAAGGCUCCACGAGGCUCAAGCUCAACCCAAAGACAAGCAACGGCCUUUGCGGAAAGGUGGAGAAGCAAGACGACUACGUUCCCCACGGGAUGUUGCGAUAUCCUCUAGAGAGGCGUGCGAUGCCGGACCUAGAUUACGAUCGAUCGAUCAGUGUCUACUACGACAUACCAUUGUCUUCGCAAGCCCAUAAGUCAAUGCUUCUCAGGGGAGCCCAAUUGCCGUCGCCCGCUUUAACGAGGAGCGACAUUGAGAGCGAUCAGAUCCACCUAGUGGACGCCAAGAGCCUGUUUUCUAUGGCCCUGACCGCGACAGGGCAGGUAGACCAGGUCACUAUAAUCCGGGAGGUUUUCGGCAGGUAG